GAGUUCAAGAGGUUGCAGUCACUUGCCACGCAAGCCUUCUUGAAUAACAACUACCAGGCUGCUGCAGAUUAUGCGCGUGAUGCUGUCAAGGCUAACCCUGAGAUUUUCGCUGCCCACAGUUUGCUGUCUGAGAUUCUUUUGGCACAAGGAAAAGAUCAGGACUCGCUGACUGUGCUCUUGCACGGCGCUCACACAAGACGUGAUCCGGCUCUCUGGUGGACUGUUGCAGAGCGAACUCUGGAACUGGCAGGAGAGAACCGUACUCCCGCUGUGCUUGAACAAGCCAUCUAUUGUUUCGCCUGGGCGAUCAAGCUCGACCCGGAUGAUUACGAUGCUCGCCGUGAGAAGCUAAACCUACUUCUCGAAUCUGAGCAACCUUCGAGAGCAAGAGGAGAAGCCAAGAUGAUGGUCCGCCAGAAACCUCACGACCUCAACAUUGUCAAACAGUACGCCGAUCUGUGUGCCUACUCGGCAAGUUUGCCAGAGAUUCAGCGUGCAAAGGAUGCCUACGAUGUUGCAAUCAAUUUCUACUUCAAAGGCAGAUCUCUCGGUGUUCCAGAGACGCAAUGGUCUCACCUCAACGUCUACCUCGAUCUGGUUGAGAAAUGCGAGAAUCCUACACAAGCAGCUUUUCAUCUCAAGAAGCUCUCGAGAUGGUUGCUUGGAAGAAAGGAAGACACUUUUUGGGAUGAAGUGACAAGUGACGACAGGGAGUUUGACAACGACGACGUGCCCCGAAGAAUCCAAAUCCCGGAGUUCAAGUACAGUCGAUACACAAACAAGAAAGAGAUGUAUGGCGAAGGUCUACCUCUGGAACUGCGUGUCAAACUCGGUCUCUUCCGCGUGAAGAUAAGCAGAGCCGAUCUCCCCGAGGCCAUGCGCCACUUUCAGAUUCUCCUGGAUCUCAAGGACGAAAUUGCAGAGUACUUUGAUUUGUUCAGAGAUGUUGCCGAGGCCUUGAUCGAGCAGACAUACUACGCAGAAGCCAUCAUGUUCUACGAGCCCAUCAGAUCCGUGCCAGAAGCAUGCGACCACGACUACUACAUGAAGCUUGCAGACUGCUACAUGAUGUUUAACCGCAACGCAGAUGCAGAAUCCUGCUGGAAGUUCAUUGUCGACAACGACCCAGAAGACAUCAAGUCGCGUAUUGCCUUGGCCAAACUCUAUGAAGCUGAGCAGAGAAUGGCAGAGGCUGUUCCACUGGUACACGAGGUCAUUAGGCUUGGCCGAAGUGAUGCAGUAAAAAAGGCCAAGAUCACUGUUGAUAAGCCUCCGCCACCACGAGCUCUUGCGCCUCUUAUGCCGCGACCUGAACAAUCUGCUCCUAUAAGCAGAGUUGCAGCCUCACGGGCCCGCGUAUCUCAAACCUUCGAACGUCUCCAACAACAAGACCAACGCAUCAAAGCCAACCACGUGCUCGUCAACUCCGCUCGAGAGAGCUUAGACGAAGACGACGAUGCCCUACAAACCUACUUCGAAGCCGCCCAAGAAAUGAUCGACGACUUCAAGACCGUACGAGCCUUUUAUCCUGGCCGCGACAAACACAUCAAAUUCACCGGCUACGGACGCAACACCAAAAACCCUGUGGUUGCCGAGAUGGAAGCUAUGAAAAAGCGCAUCGCAGAAGAUGGAAGUAUGGAUGUAGACGAUCAAGUGCCAGACGAAAGCAUCCCUGACAACUUCCACGAUAUCAAGUUUACAGAAUGGCUAGACAUGUUUUGCGAAUACGCUUUACUGCUUGCCAAAGCAGCCGAUCGCGAAAAAUGCUAUGAGGUGUUGACGACAGCGUUUAGUUGUACGGUGUUUUACCACAGUUUGGCGCAUAAAACUCAAAUCCAUGCGACAUGGAUGGCGUGUGCCUUACUCCUCAACGACGAGCAAAAAGUCUGCGAAGUAGGACGAUUCUUUAUCAUCGAGUGGCCGCACAGCGGUGCAGCAUACCAACUCUUCGCAGCCGUAAACCGUUUGUUUGCGGGCUACAGUAACUGGUUCAACAGCGGUCCCACCCAAAAGUUCAUCCUGCGUCAAGUAAAAGCCCUCGAUUAUGCACUCCUUGACCCCGAGUCUCGGGCUUUGUAUGCAUUCACAGGCCAAGAAAGAUCCUCCUACACACACGCCGGCAAAAGAGACGCAAACCCUUUCAACCUUCCCGAUCUCGAUGCAGGCGUAAUCUCUCUCUACGGCCACAUCAUGGCAGCAGCACAAUCCUGGACCUCAGCUCUAAACUACUAUUUCCGCGCGCUGACACUGGAUCCCGAUAACGUGUCUAUCAAUCUAUGUAUUGCGACUGCAUACAUGCAAAUGGCAAUGAAACGACAAGCAGAAAACAGACAUUGGCAAAUCUAUCAAGGCGUGGCGUUUUUGCAGAAAUACGUUGCGUUGCGCAUGAAGACCGGACAGGCGAUUCAUGAGCAAGAGGCUGUGUAUAAUGUAGGUCGUUCCUGGCAUUUGCUGGGCAUUAUGCAUUUGGCGAUUCCAGAGUAUGAAAAGUGUUUGGCGCUGGCAGAUAAGGUGGAUCCUGAGGAGUUUACUCAGGAGGCGGCGUUUGCGUUGAUGCAUAUUCUUGCCAUGAACAGCAACGAAAAGGCGGCCAGGAAGAUUGCUGAGAAGUAUCUGGUCAUGUGA